GGAAACUACUUUAGUAAAGUUAAAUGAUUACAUUAAUUAGCAUUGAGUUGUAAAAGAAAUAGUAGAAAGUAGUAGUGGUAGUGGUAGUAAAACUGCUUUAGGAGCAGGAAGACAAACAGGAAGACGCCCUGCUCUCAGUUUUCACACUUUAGUAUUCAGUCUGCAACACGACAUCAUGGUGUUCAGAGCUGCCUGCAUCAAGCUGUUGAUAACUGUCAAGAUCCUGCUGUGUGCACAUGAUGACAACGUUGGUGCAGUUUUUCUUCGUGUUGUUCCAAACAGAUCACAGUUCUUUGAAUAUGAGCCAGUAACUUUUCACUGUGAGGGCGUCUCUCAUUAUAAUGGUGUACAUAAGUUGAGAGGGAAAAUAAAAUCAUGCACUAAUGAGAAAACAGCAACAGGAUUGUCCUGCUCUAUAAAAAAUCUUUAUACAGACGAGAGUGGAGAGUUCAUAUGUGAGACUGGAGGAGGGGAGAAAAGCAACAUUAUCAACAUCACUGUUGCUGCUGGUUCUGUGAUCCUGGAGAGUCCUGCUGUUCCUGUGAUGGAGGGAGAAGCUGUGACUCUGAGCUGCAGAAACAAGACAACUUCCUCCAACUUCAAAGCUGAGUUCUACAAAGAUGGACAACACAUCAGGAGCAGCUCCACGGGAAACAUGACCAUCGGCAGAGUUUCCAAGUCUGAUGAAGGACUUUACAAAUGCAGCAUUUCAGGUGCUGGAGAGUCACCAGUGAGCUGGCUGACUGUCACAGGUCAGAACACAGGAGCUCAUCCAGAUAUUCCCCAAAAGGAAAGCCCUGCUGCCACACCUUGGAUUAUUGUCACUGUUUUAUUGAGUGUUGUGUUGGUGGUGGGGGCACUGUGUCAUUUUGGGAAAGACUACUGGGACAGAGAUGAUGACACGUUAUAUUCUAGAGCCAUUUAUUACACCUUACACCCGGGUGAGACUGAACUCAAAGGUCUCAAAAAAGGAGCGGAAUGAAGACAAAAUAACAUCUGAGAGGAAGUGAAGACAUUUAUCACAUAUUAUUAUUGUAAUUGAACAAGCUGUACAUCAUCUGCUGGGUUUGGUGUGAAAGUCAACAAACUGUUAUGUGUGUCUUCAGCUAAAAACAGCAGUCAGACUCACAUGGUUAUAAGAAGAGAUGAAGUUCCCAUAGUAACAAAUGUGUCUGUCUCUUAUGUAGAAGUUAAAAUUAAACCACUUGUUUCUUGUGUUCUUUUUGCUUGUGUGUGAAUGUUGUUUGAAAGAAAAGAGCAACUGCAGCUCAUUUCUUUUAGACAGCAGGUUGUCACCGUGGUCUACCGCUAAUGUAAAUGUGUUACAUUGCUUUGUUUUCCAAACCAGAUGAACCAAAUUUGUGGUAAGCAGUGAAAUACACCUGCAACGUUUACUGGGCAUGUCUCUAUGUGAAGUUUGGUCUAGUGCACAGACUAAAUAUCUGGUGGCUUAUUUUAUGUUGCAGCAGCUGUUCAGUAAAGUAAAGAAAAUAAGCUUCUUUUUUUUGUUUGUUUUUUUUUAUUUGUCAGACUUUGUAAAAGCAGAAGUGAGAAGAGGAUAUGAUUUAGAUGCUGAGGUGGAGCUCAGCUUAUUUCUGCUUGACCUUAACUGUUUGUAGUAUAUAUGAUAGGCCUCAAAAGGUCACUUUCUGAGCUACUACUACUAAGAAGGAUAAAAAUUAGCCUUUAUUUAAUCUUUCUUUCUUCUUUAAAAAAAUUCACAAAGCAGGGAAGUAAAUAGAAUUUUGUGACUUUAUAAGUCUUCUUAAAAGAUACAAAGCUUCAUCACGUUUCAUGGUGAACUGCAAUAUGGAUUGUAACAAUGUAAUAAUUUAUCAAGCAUAUUUAAAAUAUUUCAGUCAUAUCAGCAAAUUUAAAUAUGCAAAGUAUUACCAUUACUUUUUUAUAAUCAAUUAUCUCUUGGAAUUUAGACAUUACAGAAAUGUGUGUUGUUCAUGUUAAAAAAAACAUCCUUUCUAAUUCCACCAUGUAUGUGCCAAUAUGCUACAAGUUACGAUACUCUAUAUGCUGAAGCCCUCAGUGCCAGCCUGAGGCUGUACCUGAAUCAGAUGAGUUAAAGACUCAACUUUCUCUGCCAUUACGAGCUGCUGGCACUGACACUGAACUAAGUAAAACCUCCAUUGAAGAAAUAUUGAAAUCAACUCAAAGUCAAACUGUGUGUAACUUUAUUUCUGCCAGUGUUGUAAUGCUGGUUGAUUUACUGCAGGGGGAAGACUGAACACAUCCAAUAUUAUUGCAUAAUUUAAAAACAAUAUGUUUAAUAUAUUUUGAUCAGAAAAACACAUUUAAAUCUGCCUGUGUCCUUUAUACAAGAUAAAUAAUCUCUGCAGACACAUUGAGUGAGACCACGCCUCAGAGCACAGCUGUCACCUCAUCUUACAGACUCUUUUCAUAGUUGUGAUUGUGGUUCUGCUGCUGUUCUUCACUGAUAGAAAGUCAAAGCUAGACCAACUAACUUGUGUUCACCUAUGUGUUAGUGUAAUUGCCAUGAAGCGGACAAUAGUCCAUGCAAUUGUGAAAAAUAGAGCAAUAAAACCAAUUAUUAUCCCAUCAUACUUCUUGUAGUUAAUGAAUAACUUAGUGAUUCAUUCACUGGUAAUAGUGACUGUCUCAAGAAAUGAACUGGUUGAUCUGUUGUUUCUACAAAUACCUUUUUUCA